AUGACCGACAUUGAAGGAUCCACCAAGAUUGAAUAUGCCGACAAGGCCAUGUCGUCGUCGUCAUUACAAGAAUAUCGCACCUACCCCAUACGCUUUUACGGUCUUACUGUUAUUGGCUUGUUGAACAUUGCCUCUUCUUUGUGUUGGCUAUCAGUGGCACCUGUUCCUGAUUAUGCAUCCGAGUAUUUUGGUGGAGCCAGUCUUUCAGUCAUCAACUGGUUCUCGAAUGUAUUCAUGCUCACGUAUCUUGUCGCUGGCCCAUUAUCAAGUAUCGUCUACGAUCGAUGGAAUAUCAAGAUUGGUAUUGUGGGUGGUGCUUGUCUCCAAGUGCUUGGUGCAUGGCUACGUUUCUUUUCAUGGUUCGUCAAGAAUUCCUCCUCUGGUCGAUUAGCUCUCGCCAUGGUGGGACAGGUCAUUUGUGCCAUUGGUCAACCUUUCAUCUUGAAUGCAGCUACACCGUAUGCUGCCCUUUGGUUCAGCCCUGACGGUCGUGGAUCAGCAACUACCAUUGGUGGAUUAACCAAUGCUGUGGGAAUGGCAAUUGCAUCUCUUGUUCAGCCAGCACUCGUUACGGACGUGGAUACAAUGUGGCAAGGGCUGCUAUUCAUUGCAUGCGUCAAUACAGCUUUUGCUAUCCCUGCCUUCUUUAUUCCACCCAAGCCAAAAACACCGCCAUCCUACAGUGCAUCAGCAGGCGAUGAACGCAACAUUCCUUUCUUUACAUGUAUGCGGAUGUUGUUUACCAACUACAAUUACUUGAUCAUUAUGCUUUCAUUCGGUGUCCUUUGCGGUCUAUUUUCAACCUUGUCAACACUCAUGCCACAAAUCCUUACACCUUAUGGAUACACCAACGAUGAGGCAGGCUAUGUCACGGUGGCAUUCAUUGUAGCAGGCAUUGUGGGUGCUGUAUCAUCAGGCCUGGUGAUUGACAAGUUUAGGGUCCACAAGCUUAUUCUCAAGACGUUUGUACCUAUUCUCGGUUUCAUGUAUCUUGCCUUGCUUAUGGUUGUGAAAAGCGACAACUUUGCACCCAUUAUUGUGAUCGCGGCGCUCAUGGGCUUUUUUACCUUUUCAUUGCUUCCAGUUGCAUUGGAAUUGAGUGUCGAGAGUUCGUAUCCUGUCUCUGAAUCCUUCUCGAGUCCGUUCUUAUGGUUGGCGUCCCAAAUUUUGGGUUUGGUCUUUGUUGUCUCCAUGGAUGCACUUCGUGCUGGCGAUGAUGGCGACCCACCAGAGAAUAUGCGACGUGCCUUGAUUAUGGGUACAGGCCUUUCCAUGCCCAUCAUGGUCUUUUCCACCAUCUAUAACAGCCGUAAUAAGCGUAUGGAGACUGAAGAACAGCAUCAGCAAUCCAAAUAA